UGGAAUUGCCAUUUAGAUUUCAGAUUUCUAUUUGCCAGAAUAUCCGAAAUAACAAAACCCCAUGGAUGCGCUUAAUAUCUUCUGAACCAGAAGUAUCCAAUCCUGCAGUUGCAGAAGCACCGCCAUGCUCCCUAUGAACGACCUGAAUUUAGCUUGAGAGUGGCAUCGUCUUCAUGCUUACUUUUACUACUCAGGAUUCCAAAUGUCUUCCAAGAAAAUAAUAGCUUCCUCUAAAGUGGGGCAAAAAAGUGAAGAUAUAGAAGACAUCCCAUUUCUUUGCGGGAAGCCAUAUUUCGACGUAGUUCUUACGCCAACCAUGGUUGCCCCACGCUAUGAAUUUACUAUGCCACUUAAAUUUACUGCUCAGCUUCCUACUUCUAAUGUCAUUGCCGUGUUGAAAUACAAGCGGACUGCGUGGGAGGUCUUGUACGCGGGCAGUAAAGCUAAGCCAAGGUUCAAUCGUAAAUGGAAGUAUUUCGCAAAAGACAAUAAACUUCGAGCGAAAGAUGCAUGUGUGUUUGAGCUAUUGGAGUCGAGUUCGACAGGUAUUAAGUUGAAAGUUCAUAUUUUGAGACAUGCUCUCCCUCUCCAAUUUCAAAUAUUAGGUCCGGCUGGUUCUUCGUCCGAGAAUCCUGUGCUUAUUGAAUAGAUGAUGUGUGUUGGUGAGAUGAAUUUGAUGCAAUUUAUCUUAUGUUGUCAUAGUUAAUUUUGUCCAUGUUGAUUCUUCUUUUCAAAUCAAUUAAUUAUAUACUAUC